UGGAACCGACUCACAACCUCUUCAACACCUGGGGCGCCCUCAGCUUGUCUAGAAGGAGCAACACAAGAGUCAGAAUGAAGAUUGUGUGGCCGAGUCUUGUCCUUGUCCUGGUUUGUGCUGCCCAGGAAACUCCAGUUGAGAUAGACCCCUCAAAGGUCAGAGGAGACUGGCGCACCAUUUACUUAGCUGCGGAUAACAAGGAGAAGAUUGUGGAAGGGGGCCCACUGAGGUGUCUCUAUCGUCAGAUUGAAUGUAUUGAUGGCUGCGAAUACCUCUCCCUUACAUUUUAUGUCAAGCUUGACGGGACAUGCCAGUUGUUCCAUGAAGUGGCAAAGAGGCAAGAAGGAGAUGUUUACAUCAUCGAAUUCGCAGGUACAAAUGUUUUGCGACUGAUUCAUGCAUCAGACCACAUGCUGGUAACUUACAUUGAAAACUAUGAUGGAGAGAAGAUCACAAGAAUAACUAAAGGCGUCGCCAAAGGAGACAGUUACACUCAAGAAGAAUUUCAGAAGUAUCAGGAACUGAACAGUGAAAGGGGGAUCCCAAAUGAAAAUAUAGAAAAUGGCAUCAAAACAGACAACUGUCCUGCAUAAGAAAAGAGAACAUCAGUUUGG